GCUAACUAAAAUCCAGGAUAAACAGAGUAAGAAUCAUUGCAAUAUUUUUUUUUUUAAAUAGUUCAUGAUUUUUUCUUGUGCAAAGUAUCCAGUUAAUAAUAUAUUUAAACAAUCCUUUUCGAAGAAUUUCAAAUAUCUUUACAAGCCACCCGUCAGCUAUUCUCAUUCUCCCUUUUAUAAUCCAAUUAACAAAAUAAUCAUGUUUAGACCUUUAGUCACUAUUUCUGAUUCAAUUAUCGAAUCAUUAAAUAAACACGAAGUCUUCCCCGAUGUUUUGCCUGAAUUCAAACCAAAGGGAUUGUUAACAAUUUCUUAUGGUAAAGAUAAGGAUGUUGCGUUGGGCAAUACAUUUUCUCCUGACGAAACCCAAAGUGUACCAAGAAUAGCAUUUACAUUAAAUCAACCAGAUUCAUCGACUACUUCGGCCUCGUCAAAUAAGAAUUCUGAAGGCAACCUAGACUCUUCUUAUAUUAAUAUCACUUCGUCGGAUUUAUUUACUUUGGUUGUAACUGAUCCAGAUGCACCAUCUAGAACAGAUAAAAAAUGGUCUGAAUAUUGUCACUAUAUCGCUUCGAAUUUGGUUUUGAAAGAUACGACUCCAGGUUCUGCCUCGACUGACCAAUUCCUAAGUGCUGAAUUGCCAUUGGAAUCAUCUUCCAACGUUACAUUAAUUCCUUACAUGGGCCCUGGUCCUCCCCCUAAAACCGGCAAGCAUCGUUAUGUUUUUAUUUUAUUUAAACAAAAUCAUUCACUUGAACCAAAGGCUCCCAGUGAUAGACCAAAUUGGGGUACAGGAAAACCUGCAACUGGUGUUUACGACUGGGCAACUAAAUAUGGUUUAGAACCAUAUGCUGUCAACUUUUUUUAUGCUCAAAAUAGUACUCAAUAAAUCUAUGAGAUUUUUUAUAUGUUUUUUUAUUGAGGUUUUUUAUUGAGGUUUUUUGUUUUUUU